UCGAGGCUGUAAACAAUAUGGCGAUUAGAUUGGUAUGUAAUCCUCAUGAUGAUGCCUGAACAACCAAAGAUAGGUUUUGAAUUUGCAUGUCCAACAACUCAACAACACGACGAUUCAUAAGUUGUUAGAACUUAGAAAUAAAAUAAUGUCUAGGAGUGUGGCCUGGAGGAAGACUUGCAAUGAAUUGGUAUUCUGGAGACAAUGUCAGGCACUCAAUGCUACCAUCUACAUCUUAAGAGAAACAGGCCCUACUGGAUUCUUAUUGAAGGAAGAGGGAGAAACAAAACCAGUUAAGGCAUACUUGGGAGAUCCCCACAAAUGCACUUGUACCCAAUUUCAGAAGGAUAGAGAUUUAUGCAGACAUUUGUGCUGGCUUAUAUUAAAGAAAUUUAGAGUGACUCAGAAUAAUCCAAUAUCAUGGCAACUGGGCCUUGUAGACAGAGAGCUGAAUGAGGUUCUACAUGGACAUGCUAAUAAACAGCCUCCUAAACCACCAGUAAGACGUUGGUCCACAUCUGGAACCUCUACCACCACAGCCACUGAUAGCCGACCUACCAUCAGACAGAAAGACAUCACUGAUGACGAUUGUUGUCCAAUCUGUCAAGAUGAACUUCUGAAUAAACAUAUUCCUGUAACAUACUGCAAGUUUGGGUGUGGGAACAGUAUCCACAUAAAAUGUAUGAAGAUAUAUGCAGAACAUCAGAAGACCACUGGAGAUUCUAUAAUUAAGUGUCCAUUCUGUCGUGAAGAUUUUGGUCCAUUAGAAUUACUGAAGCAAGAAGGUCGUAACGCCAUGGGAGUCCAACAAGGUGGUCGCAUGGACAGACAUCUUGGUACUAGUUGUCAAAGUUGUCGCACAUCUCCAAUAGAAGGAAAAUGUUACAGAUGCAGUAUAUGUGCUGAAUACAAUCUUUGUCAGACAUGCUUUAAUACACAGAUACAUACACAACAUCCAUUUGAUUAUAGACAUAAAAGAAAUCAGAGAUGGAGACCAGCACAGAGAACAUAUGGAGCCAUGUUACCACAGGCAGUAGCAGACCAGCUAGUCAAUAGGGAUAUCACUGAGGAAGAUUUUGAAUUACUGAUGCAACUUGAAAAUAACAAUAUAGGAAGUGAUAUCCCUGAAGAAGUAAUAAAUUCCUUUCCUUUGGAGAAAGUGAGAGAUAGUUCCAAUUUACUACAGCCUGGGAUGCAAUGUAGAAUUUGUCUUCGUGGAUAUGAAGUAGGACAGUUUAUAAGGAAGUUGCCUAGAUGCAAGCACAAGUUUCACAAGGAUUGUAUAGACAACUGGUUAUUACAUUCACAUGCUACUUGUCCUGCUGAUGGCCAGGUGGUUUGGGAUCCAGUCACUGCUCAAGCUGAAGCUGAAGAAAGAAAGACUAAAUCACUGAGGACUAAGAAAGAAGAAGAAGGGGCCAGCAAUCAAGAAGAUCUAUCAUUAAUACUGCCAGGAGUUGGUAUUAUACGUCAGGACAGAAAAAAUGAACCCAAAGCAGAUAGCUCCAAAGGUGCUCGUAGACCAAUAGUCAAACCUCAAAGACUUUCUGACGGUAGUACCCCUAAUUCUGCUGAUGUAAAAAGCCAAAUCAGGGCCAAUUUUACAUUAGAUGGACGUUCUGUUGGACCAAGAACAAAUGAAAAUGAAACAGAAGCAACCUCUAGUAGUCAUCUCCCAGGUAACCGGUUGUUGAAUCGCACACAAUCACAGAGACAGAUUUUACAAAAUCAUGUGUCCAGUUUUGGAAGCCAGCCAGGAUCUUAUCAUUCAGGUCAGCAGAAUUCUGAUUCUCACAAUGGCGGAAUAACAGCCCAAUCAGGGACUGAUAAUUCUCCGCAGAUUGAAAGUAUCAGUGAACUGCCCAUAGGGCAUAAAAACUUAAAACAUUCUUCAAUAUUUGGUCAUUUGUCAAUGUUAAAUGAAGAAAAUCGACCUGAUUCAAAUAGGAGUGCACAAUCGACACCUCAAAGGAGUCGUAAUUCUAUGAGAAGUUGCAAUGAAAUGCGUUCACCUUUUGGUAGGGAUUUACCGACAUUAAUUGAAUCAGAUCUUGAAAAUGUGCCUGGAAUAGAUUCAGACGCUAAUGCGCAUUCUAAAAAGGGAGUUUAUAAUGAUUCUCAAAAUAAGCAAUUCUUUCAAAAACUGCCAAGACUUCAAUUGCCUUUAGAUAAUGAUAUACCGAAUCGAGCAAAUUCAAUAGAACUAACAUCUAUACGAUCAACUCCAGAUUCCAGAUCACAGUCACAGAGAAGUUUACAGGGAUUACGCAUCACUCCCAGAAAUAGUGCUAUGACAGAGACGACAAAUGAGCAUAGGAAUAUCUCUGCACAGUCAGAAAUUGUUAGACGACCUUCUAGAACCAGACGACCAGAUGAUAAUGGACGAUGGUCACAGGCUGAGAGUGAAAUAUCUACACCAGGUUCUAUGGGUGGUAUUCAGAGUGAACCACUACAUCACAGUGAAGCAUUGUCAGACAGAUUACAGGAAUUUCAGUCUACUAAAAAAGACGAGCUUUUGGAUUUGUACCUGGGCAACGAUCCCAGAGACCAGCCAGCAGUGAACAGAUUGGUCAACUUACCACCACGUCCAGUGAGGCGGGCACUAGGCGGAAGCAAUCGUCGUCGGCAGAAUGUCAGGCGCGUCCGCAGCAAUGAAUUCAGCUUAGAUGGCAGUGCUCUUGCCAACAUAACUUUAAGAGAUAUGAUAUAGACAUUAAAAGUAGUCAAGAGAGAUUUCGAGGGAGAGCUUUCAAUAAAGCAGUUUCAUGACAAUCUUGAUCAACGCUCAAAUAACAAGCUGUUACAUUAUAUACAAAAGUAUUAUGCAUAUAAUUGAAUAUUUGCUUAAACUGAUCAUAUAUGUUAAAUCUUCUCAGAAAAUGAAAUACCUAUUUGGUAAAGAUCAUUACUUGGUUCAGCUGUAUGCAUUUAAUUUUCAUCUUGAGGUUUCAAAAAUAACAUUAUCACAACAAAAGUUAAUUUAGAUUUGAAAAAUUAUUUGAACUUAAUUGAACAUGUUAAUAUUUUCAGAUGUAUACUUCAUUUAAUUUUUGUUGAAAUUAUUGAUAUUGAUUAAAAAUGAUUAAUAUUUUAUGUCUAAAAACUUAAAUGUAGACACUAUUGAUUUUAUAUGUCAUACUGAUAACACUUGAACUGUUAUGUUCAUAAUUUUAGUAAAGUAAAUGCCACAACUAUUCAUAGUAAAAAAAUCUGCAUUUGACAAAUUGUAAUAAUGCUGAUUACAAAUGUGUAUAUCUUUUGUCUCUGACAGUAGUCACAACAGAAAAUUAAUUCAGAAUUUACUGAAAAAAUAAAAAAGAUACAAAAGGAAGUGUAAAUUUGGAUACAUCAGUGGUCAUGUUUAAAAUGAUUAGAUAAACAAACUGAAGUUAUAGAAUAUUAUUUUUUGACCUAUAUGUUUGUUUUGUUGGUUAUAUACAUGUAAAUCAGGUUUUGUAACUAAAUUGUUUGUUAGGUUUUUGUCUAGCCUGCAACGUAAGUCAUAGGAAAGAAACUUUGGCAUGCUGUUUUUGGUGCUGUCUUCAUUGACAACAACAAUUUUGUAAUAAGGUUACACUGGUGAGACAUAUCCUUGUGUAGAUGGUUAUUAUUUAUACAGCAUUGUUAAAUGAUUGAAGCUUGUUUUUGUCCACAUUUACUAGAGGUCACAUCUAUAUCCUUAAUCUUUGAAGUCACAACAUACAAAGUUAGAGGCCAUUGUGCAAAUUGAUUGUUGAAAAGUACAAUGACAUUCUAAGUAAUAACUAAUAUAUUAGAGUCCUUUUAUUGCUGUUCUUCUUUAUAAAUGCUCCUACAAUUUCUAUUAUGUUUUCCUCCCAUUACCUUAUAAUAAGUGCAAACUUCGACAAUCACAUUACAUCAUUAAGACAUCCUGGAUGAGAACUUUACAAAGAGAAGAAAGAUUGAAAAAGCCAAUGACAAUAAUAUGAUUACAGGAUUUUAUUUUAAAUCACUCUUAUGCAAAAUGAAUUAUGAUGAGAUGGUGUAAACUUUACAAAACAGUUUUAACCAGUCAAGAUAUUGAUGAAGACCAGACUUUAUAAAUGAUGAUGAGAGAGUAAAUGUUUUUUCGGUUGCUAUUGAAUGCAUACCUAUUUUGUAAAUAAAGUUGUGACUGCUCUUCUCCUGGCAGCUUCCUUAAAAUGAAAUAUGUCAGCUAAUAUUGUGAAUUCAGCCAAUGCUUGUUUAGUUUUAACUAGACAUUUUUUAUUUGUAACAUUUAGGAUAUUUUAAUUGACAAUUAUAUGUUAUCUUUAUGAAAAAAGUCUGAUACAAAAUUGAUUUGUAAAAGGAAUUUUAAUUAUUGUACUCGCAAGAAGAGCAGUGUAAAAGUUUGCAUUUGGAUUUAAUAGCUUUAGAGUUGAUUGAAGUACAAAAGAUUUAAAGCUUAUUGUUGAUUUGUGUGCAAUGUUGUUUUAAAUACAACUCUACUUCUUUGUUAAGAAAAAGCAUGUAUUAACUGUCAUUGUAUUUUUUUCUAUUAUAUGUUUAAUUAAUUUUUACUUUUAAUGUACGUGUGCAAUGCAUAUUUUUACUUUGUUCAUUUUUUUUUGAAAUGCUAUCUAUUGAUAAUUAUUGGCUCACAUGACCCAUAUCGAUAUGUGAGUCUUUGUCAUCUCAAUUGUCCAUAAACAUUUUACAAUAUCAUCUUCUCUAAUACUUUAAUAAAAUUAAUGCAUUUGAUUGGCAAACACUGCAGCAUUAGAGAUAAGUAGUUCCCAUUGAAAUCAUAUAGAAAACCCCUUUCAUUUUCGCCUCUAAAACUACUGGACAUUUUCAGCCAAAUUUAGCAUGAUGUAUGGUAGGUCUCCUACAAAUAAUCCUGAAAAAGAACAAGCUGCCAGAUGCAAUCUUUGAUUCUAAUGGAAUACUUUCAAAAAUCUUCUUCUUUGAACAGACCAUAAGUAUUACACAAAGCUUGUUUAUGAAUAGGUAUUGGUGAGAAUAAAACUGCUAAUGUUAAGAAUAUUCAUUUAUAUAAUUUACAGAAAUUGUUUUCUAAGUAGAUAUGAACUUGAAAUUGUUAAAAAAGUUAAAUUCUUCAUCCUUUCAAAAUUGAUAAAUGAAUAGAAUGAUAUAAUAUGGACACUUUAGUGCAGAAAUAUCAGUUGUGAUGUCAUGAAUGAUUCGAAAAUGGGCCUCAAAUCGCAUUUUACACAUGUUAUUUUGGAAAUAUUAGGAAUGGGUAAUAAUCUUACUCAAAAAGACAAUUUACUCACAUCAAGAUCUUUGUAAAAGAUGUCUGCUACUUUUAUAUCUUAUUGAUCAUCAUUUGGCUUAUAUCGAAACAUAAAGAUCUCAAAAUGAGGCAAUGUUGACAGUUCUUGCAGUCCAGCAUUAAUUGUUAUUCAAUUUAAUAUAAUUUGUACUCAUAUCUGACAAUUGAAUUACUUGUGAACACCUGAUAAACAUUACUUGAUAUAUUUUAAUACAUGUUUUUGAGUUUUUAGUAUUUUGGAAAAUGCAGAGAUUUUUACCAAGCAUCUCAAAUGCAUAAACUUAACUAUUGACCAAAUAGACAGAAUAAAAAAUUGUCUUUCAUAGUGGUCAUAUCCUGCUGCACCAGAUGUUGCUGUUUAUUUGUAUUUGUUAUCAGUUUUUGUGAUUUUUUGCCUUCAUUAUAAUAAACAUCUGUGAUAUCAUUUUAUUAUAAUAAAUGUCUGUGAUAUCAUUUUAUUAUUAUAAACGUCCGUGAUAUCAUUUUAUUAUAAUAAACGUCUGUGAUAUGAUUUUAUUUCAGCACAGUAUUAAUCGUUUAGUAUUAUGUACAUAACACUUAUAAGCAGAUGCUAUGGGUGAUAAAAUUUUUAAAAUUUAUACUUCAUUUAUUCUAUUUUAUUUAUAUCAUUUUAAAUAAACUGUUGGAAUGGA